AUGGUCGAGCUGCAGCCCAUUUUGAAAAGGGCCUACUGGGCUCUUGCAGCCGGUGGAUUGCUUUAUGUCCUUUUUAUCUGCUCCUUGACUUUUCCAGAAGUCCAGCGCCUUGCUCUCUAUGUCAACAAGUUCAAUCCAAGCUACUGGCAAGAUAUAAAUCAGGUUGAACAAUUUGGAUUUCUCAAGACCCAAGUUCAGCCCUUCAAUUUAAAGACACCCGACAAUGAGACCCUUUACGGCUGGCAUCUGUUGCCUCUGCAUCUUGUGCAUGAGCACGAGAAUGAGUUAAUGAAGAAUACUCCAUCUGGUCCAGCCGAAGACUAUACGAAGACUGUCGCUUUUAAGACUUUGGCUAGUAAUCCCAACGCCAGAGUUGUCGUGAGUUUCCACGGAAAUGCGGCUCACUUGGGAUCUGCCAAUAGGCCAAAUGGUUACAACACUCUACUGGCAUUGUCUACUCCAGAGAACCCCAUUCACGUGUUUGCAUUGGAUUACCGCGGAUUCGGUGCUUCAACUGGCAGUCCCAGUGAAGAAGGAUUGAUCACCGACGGUGUAUCUCUGCUCAACUUUCUCACCGCAGGUCCGCUCAAUGUCCCCACGUCGAGGAUUGCAAUUGUAGGACAGAGCCUAGGCACAGCAGUCACGGCAGCGGUUGCCGAGCGAUUUGCAUUUGGCUCGCCAGAUCCGAAAGCGAUUCAGCCUGCCAUAAAAAAUGCCGAGCCAUUCGCAGGUGUAAUCUUACUUGCCUCCUUCAGCAAUAUUGUUAAUGUUAUUGAGUCCUACAGUAUCAAGGGAUUCACGCCACCCAUGCUAUCUCCAUUGAUUGGAUACCCACGCUUUAAAAAGUGGGUGUUGAGCCACCUUGUCGACCACUGGGACACUGCUGCGAGGGUUGCUCGUCUGGCUGGUAUCAACGCGGCAGACCCCGACAUGUCUGGCUUGAAGUUCUCCCAGAAGGACUUGGAUCUUACAAUCGUGCACUCGAUGAACGAUGCAGAUAUUCCCUGGUAUGAGGGUCGGCGGGUUUGGCAGGCUGCUACCGGCGAGAACAUUGAAGGCGCCCCAGGAGAUUUGACCUUCGAGAAGAAUGAUUCUGGAGGCCCCAAUCAAAUAAAAGUCUGGGAGCAUAGGUUCACAGGCAAUGAUGGGGCCGAGGUUGUGAAAAGAGUCCGAUGGGAGCGUAUACAAUAUGGAGGUCACAACAAGGUUGCUUCUUCCUCUGUUGCCGGGCUUGCCGUUCUAAGAGCCUUUGAAAACUGA